AUGCCGCUCCGUGCUCGUUUCAAGCGUUUUCUCGCGAGUUCUGAAGGAAAGGAAACAACGAAUGAGAAUGACCAUUCAUAUGGGGACCUGAAAGCGGCUGAUCUCCAGAUCAAAACUGCAAAACCUGAACCACCGUUGAUUCACAACACUGAUCCACAGAGCUUCCAACUGGGAGAUCUUUGGAACGAAGCAUAUAAACAACUACGUGAAGAAGACGAGAAGCUGAUUGUCGCGUAUGAAGAGAAUUUACUUACCCAGGGCAAGGGACAGCCCGGAGGCCAACAUACCAGGGAUGUAUUCGACAACGGUCAUGAAACACAACUACAGCACAUUAUAGAGCAAAGACUAGCCGAUAUACAAGAGACACGGUUGCGAGUGACGGUCGGUGGACGAGACAUUGUGGUGAAAGACCAGGCCCGUCGGAUAAUACACGCUAUUCUCUCUUUCAAAGAUGCUAUAUCAUCUGCUGUGAGCUCAGAACCACAUGCAGCGCUGGCGUGGGGUGGGAUUUUGAUGCUACUCAACCCUGUGUUGAGAGCUAUUAUUCAAGAGGAAGAUGCCAUCGACGGCUUCGAGCAGAUUUUAGGUCUACUUAUCCGUUAUAGGCUCCUAGAAUCCACUCAUGUCGAGGUUUAUACGUCGACAAAUCCGAACUCGAGACCAAUGAAUCCACUGGAAGAGAUCCAUGCAUCUUUGAAGGCUAAAACCAUCAACCUGUAUAAAGAAGUUCUAAAGUAUCAAAUGCGACUGGCAAAACAAUAUUCACAUUCGUCAUCGUUUCGAUUCCUGAAGGACUCGGUUGCAGUUGAUAAUUGGAAAGAUAUGCUUCAAUCCAUCACCGAGAUUGAUCAAAACAUAAAAGACGAUUUAGAGUUUCUCGGCGGUCAUGCCUUGAAAACGAUUGACAACAAGCUCGAGAACCUGCAGAGGCAGAUGGGUACAUCAUUGGACCUAAUAACUGAGGCUAGAGAUGAGGCUAAAGCAUCCAAGCAAUUGCAAUUACUUGAGAAGUUACCGUACGCCGAGGGUGCGGUUUUCAAUUCUUUCGAAGACCGGGGGAAACGCCGAUGUCUAGCAGAGACGCAGGUGGAUAUCCUCACUGAAAUCCAAGAGUGGAUGGAAGAUCCAGAUGGGUGUCGUAUAUUCUGGCUACGAGGAAUGGCCGGUACUGGUAAAUCUACGAUUUCGCGCACAUUUGCGGCUUCAUCUCACAACAGGACGCGACUCGUCACCGGAGAGCCUUUGCCUAACAAUCUAUGCCUUGGUGCAAGCUUCUUCUUCAACCAAUAUGAACCUCGAAGGAAUAAUGCCAAGCGAUUUUUCACAACUCUGGCGUGGUCCUUGGCCGAGGUGAUGCCUGAUCUGAAGGCUCUUGUCUGCGAUGCCAUAUAUAAUAAUCCUAGGAUCGGAGAUGAGUUACCAGAAAACCAGUGGAAAUAUUUAAUAUUUAAACCUCUCCUCGAACUCGAAACUCGAAUCUUAUGCUCAAGCACUCUGGUAAUUGUGAUCGAUGCACUGGAUGAAUGCAAACCUGACAGUGAUUUGAGUCUAAUCCUUCAAUUGAUGAGCCGCGUCAAAGACCUUCAAACUAUAAAGAUUCGGUUUUUCCUCACCAGUAGGCCAGAGGCGCAUAUCAGGUCUUGUUUUCGGGGGUUGUCGCCUGAUCUCAUUCAUGGGACUGUAUUGAAUAAAGUGACCGUCUCUGGCUGGGCAGAAAAUGUUCAAAACGACAUUACACGAUUUUUGAAGCAUGAGCUGGCAACUAUACAGCAGAAGAAUCAAAUCGCCGAAGAUUGGCCAGGACAAACCAACCUCCAUAAGCUCGCAACAAAGGCAGACGGCCUUUUCAUUUAUGCUGCUACAGCCUGCCGAUUUCUCGAUGGGUCCAGCUUAACGAGGUCUCGCUUAGACCUGCGUUUGAAAAUGAUCUUUGACAAUAAAGUGACCGGUGAUUCACCACAGAAAAGUUUAGACGCAAUAUAUACCAGCAUAUUGCAGUUCUCUGUGCUUGGAGAUGCUAUUGAAGAGGAAAAGGCCGAAAUAUCGAGCUUGUUCAAACAAAUUGUGGGAUCUAUAGUUGUCUUGUAUGAGCCUUUGUCGCCACAAUCUCUCUCGGCAUUGGUCGGUACACCGCUGUCGAGCGUAGAGGAGACGCUGAAAGGCCUGCAUUCGGUGCUGGCAGUACCUGAUAAGAGCAGCGAAACGGUUCAGCUGCUUCAUCUGUCCUUUCGGGACUUUCUCAUUGACAAUCAGAGAUGUCUCGAUGACAAAUUUUGUAUAUCAGAGACUACAGCGCAUGAAACUAUCUUUCAAAACUCUAUGAAAGUCAUGUCAACCAUGCUUCGGUAUGAUCUUUGUUACCUGCUAAGCCCAGCCAUGGAAUUGUCCGACAUUGAGCAGUCGCGAAUCAGUCAACACAUUCCUACCCACCUGCAGUAUGCAUGUCGCCAUUGGUUACACCACCUUCGACACAGCGGCGUGCAACCUAUUGACAACGGAAAAGUACACCAAUUCCUCCGAACCCAUCUCCUUCACUGGCUCGAAGCUCUCUCUCUACUCGGUAGGAUGGACGAAGGAGUCCGGGAUAUUCUCGUACUAUCCGAAUAUCUCGCUACCCCCCCAGCGGAAGGUAGGAUUGAACUAAAGUUCUUGGUCCAGGAUGCUCGACGAUUUGUGCUCAAGUUCAGAUCAGUAAUGGAAUCAAGUCCUUUGCAGAUAUAUCAUUCAGCCCUCGUAUUUAGCCCAGAAGGGAGUGUGGUUGGCAAGCUAUUCCAGGAUUAUAUCCCAAAAUGGCUAGAUCAAAUACCGACAACAGACCCUCACUGGGAUAAUUUGCUUCAAACCCUAGGGCCUCCUACGUUUGAUGAUAUGGCCUUAUCGCCUGAUGGAAAGCUGGCAGCGUCCACUGGCUGUAUUUGGGAUACUUUGACCGGGACGCUGGUGAAACAUCUGGAGUCUUGGGAUCAAAGUAUGAGUGUGGCAUUCUCGCCCAAUGGUAGGACACUGAUCUCGGUAACUCGUAGGGGGACGAUCAAAACAUGGGAUGUCACAACAGGCCUCUUAGUACUCGAACUCAGCACGGAUUGCCAAUCCGCGUCAAUUGCAGUGUUUUCAAAAAGUCGCAAUAUGGCAGCAGUUGUAGAAUCACGUUACAGAUUUAUCACUAUCAUAGAUAUGAUUGGUGGAAAGUAUAUCAAACCAGACAGAGCGCACUCAGGUGAAAUUGUGGCAUUAGAAUUUUCUCCCGACGGUGCUGUUUUGGUAUCAGCAUCUGAGGAUGGCACAAUUCGUUUUUGGGACACUACCACUGCUGACUUGAGACGAUCCCUGGGAGAGCAUCAUAAUGGGGUGAGCAAUGUGGCAUUUUCCCCAAAUGGGCAAAUACUGGCCUCUGCGGCCAUGGACAAGACCAUCAAUCUUUGGAAUGCGGACACUGGAGCCCUUCUGGUAAAGAUUGAAUGUAAAGACACAAGCCUUCGUCUCUGGAACGUGGACACUGGGGCUAUGGUCUGGAAGAUUAACGGCGGCUUUACUGCACCAGUAUUCUCACCGAACGGGGAAUUAUUGACAUCCACGAGUGGUCGGUACCGGAAAAGUUUUUACUGCAGCUCUGGGAUAAAGUUAUGGGAGACAAAGUCAGGAAGGCUAGCGAAAAUCGUAGCCGACCGUAAUGACUUUCUCAACGUGUUAUUUUCCCCGGACAGUAACUUUAUAGUAUCGACAUCAGAGAUAGGAAUACAAUUGUGGGAUUUUGACCUCACGGAGAACCAGCAUUCAUCUAAUGCUCACACGACGCCAGCCUUUGAAAUCGCACUCGAUACAAGUUCUAGACGAGCCGUGUCGUUUGAUGGAUACAGUUCGGUCAUACUUUGGGAUAUGUUAACAAUCAAUGGCACUCUCGGCACAGGCCUCUAUUGGCGAGGUGGACAAAUCCUCGAACUCGGUGGCCCGCUUGCCGUCUUACUCUCUUUUCUACUAGUAGGCGUCCUCGCCUGGGCCGUAAUGCAAUGCAUCACCGAAAUGCUCUGCAUCUGGCCCAUUCCGGGCGCUUUGUCCAUGUACGUCGGCGAAUUCGUCGACAUGGAGCUGGGCAUCGCUGUCGGCGUGACUUAUUGGUUCACCUACGCUGUAUCAUUUUCAGCGCUGGUGGCGACAUCAGCUGCGGAGCUGGUGUUUUGGCCAGUUGUGGAUGACAGUAAGAGUUUUCAGGGAUUGGUGAUUUAUUUUGCGAUUCCAGUCUGUUUGAUCUUGGUGAAUGCGUUCAGUAUUGGUAUAUACCGUCAUGUAGAACUAUACACGGGAAUACUCAAGAUAUUCUUCCUGGUGGUCAUUUUCGUGUUUCUGAUUAUAUUGAAGUUUAUGGCUCAACCGGACCAAACUGCAAACCAGCCAGUAAACACCGAAAAUUGGUCCCUCGUGCUCGUCUAUGAUCACAACGCCGCCCCAAACUGGGCCACAGCUUUCAUGUAUUCACCCUACCCUCAUCUCUUCUUAAUGUAUGCUUACCGAAAUAGAAUGUCCAUCUCAAUCGCAACAUUCGCUUACGUCGGCGUUGAAAUCGUCGCCGCCUCCGCGCUCGAAGUCAAAUGGCCCCGACGCGUCAAAACGGAUCUCUCCUCCUCGUCCCAGCGGUCAAACGACACCUUAAUCGGCAACACCGUCAAAUUCUCCGCCAUCUGGAUCUCCGUCAUGGCCACUUUGGCAUAUACACUGACAAGUGUACUCGCAACACUCGAAAUAUCAUGGGACGACUGCCAACUUCCGCGCCUCAGUUGGGUGACGAUUAUCCAAUGCUCCUCCCCAUCCACCCCGGCCAACUCAUCAGCAGAAACAGGGAUAGGCGCAAAGACAUCCUCCGUCUUCGUCGCAAUUGCCUCACGGUCCCAGAUCCCGCAUCUGGGCGACAUCUUCAAUGUUUUUCUUGUAUUCACAUGUCUCAGCUGCGCAAGCACAAACCUCUACGUUGCCUCGCGCGCCCUGUUCGGAUUGACCAGUCGACUAGAUGACGGUCCCCGUCAACCCUGGUACUUGCGAGCGAUGGCCUAUUUCGGUAAAACCGAUAAUCACAGUGUGCCCCGGAGAGCGAUGAUAUUUUCGGCGUUUGCGUUUUGUAUAUCAGCCCACCGCGAAACCCUCGAACGCGAAGGCAUCUCCCUCGUCCGACGCUGGAGCACGAAACAUCCCAACGACUACCCCUACCGCGGCAGCGGACAGCCCUUUCUGGCGUAUGCGGCACUCGCAGGUUGCAUGUUUGUUCUCAUCAUUGCAAAUAGUGCCGCGCUCUGGAACGGGUUCCACGUUAUGCCGUUUUUGAGUAGUUAUCUCAUCGUUUUGGUGUUCAUUGCGUUAUUCAUAGGCAUAAAACUCAAACGAGGCGGGAAAUGGGCGUUUGUGGAUUUGUCAAAUGAGCAGAAGGUUAUUAGGAAGAUCAAUAAUUUGCAUAGUAUUCGGUUGGGGGCGACUUGA